AUGCAGUAUGUCGGAUGCUCCGGUGACCUUGGUACCCGGGUGCCCGUUUACGCGGCCAACAAUGCCCUUGGAGGCAAGCGCACGCUGGACCCGACCUCGAUCAACACGCCGUUGAUACUUCUUCUUUCGGCCAUCAAGGCUUCUGGGCUGGUGCCCAAGACGGUGUCGAGAGUGAUACUUAAGACCUGGGAACCCCGAUUGCUGCCCAUAGCAGAAAGGCUCGUCGUCUCAUUGGCGCGAUCCAACUAUUUACAGGAUGGCUUGAACGUGGCCGAAGGCGGCGGGCAAAGGGGCAAAGACGGGGCCUCAACCAUGCGUCACAUGGAAUCUGAAGUGUUGUGUGUGCGGCCCUACUUCAACCUAAAUAUUCAGCUUUCCGUCGCCGACCUUGAGCAGAGACGCGUGUUUCUGGACAACCUCAAGGCGAUUGACAGCGCGAGGGGGGAUAUUGUGAAGCUGUGUCGUGAAUACGACGAGCACAAGCUUACGCUGGACAGACUGCUGAAGCAGUGGGAGACCGAGCUGAAGAAGGUCAUGAAGAGCAAGACGGACAGUCUACGAUUGCAGCACACUGCGGUCACUGCCGAAGAGCUUCAAUGGCAGAGGCUCGACGAUAUCACAAUGAGGGUGUGUCUACGCCUGGGGAUACAAGACGAAGAAGUCGAAGACGUCGAAGAAGUUGAGGGUGAAGAUGAAGGGGCCAUAAUCGUGGACUAG